AAUAUGUGGUGAAAAAACAGCCCUUGUAUUUAAAAUAGAAACUUUGAAGGGAGCGAAGUUAACAUGACAAAUGAAGAUCCAGUUCCCCUGGAGGGGGAAAAGCCCUUCCUUUCUGGAAUGAGACCCGGGCACGCUGAUAGCAAAACUGACAUUUCCUCCUUUCCUUCUUCUGUGAAAUCCUCCAGCCAAGCUGUGCGCUAACCGAGUAGGCGAAUUCUCUUCGUCACUUCACAAAAGACUUCCAAUUUCACUGCGGCAGACACUGCAAAAUAAAAAUGUUAAGUACCUCCUAGCUGAGGGGGAGAGACGGAAGGCUCCGUGUUCAAUCAAAGGUUUGCAAUAAUAGGAUUCAUUUAAGAAAAAAAAAAAAAAAGACAGAUGGGAUUAGGAAAUGUUGCUGCGGUGAGAGUGCCUUGAGAGGCACAGGCAGCCUGCCUUUUGUGGACCUGCACAAUGAUCCCAGAGCCAGACUGGCUUAGGAAACCCUGGGACUAGGGCUCCAGAGAGAGGCCGCGGCUCGGGACACCCUGCGGGGCAGGAGGGUGAGACCAUGCAUCAGAUCUACAGCUGCAGUGAUGAGAAUAUUGAAGUUUUCACCACCGUGAUUCCUUCCAAGGUGUCCAGUCCAUCCAGGAGAAGAGUCAAAAGCUCUCAACACCUCUUGGCCAAGAAUGUGGUGAUCGAGUCCGACCUGUACCCACCAAGGCCCCUGGAGCUGCUGCCUCAACGCUGUGAGCGCAGGGACACAGGCGACCGCAGGUGGCUGCAGACUGGCCGGCUGCAGACCGCCAGGCCACCCGGGGCGCAUCCCAACAAACCCCCGGCCAGACCUGUGGGGAUUUCUGAACCCAAAUCGUUGAAUCUGUGUGGGAAUCGAACAUAUGGAAAAUCAUUGAUUCCUCCAGUGGCCAGGAUCUCAGUGAAAGCUCCAGCUGGGUUGGAGGUGGCAGCCAAGGGCUCAGAAAAUGGAGGUGUUCUGGGAAGAGGAUCCAGACAUCUCAAGAAGAUAACAGAAGAGUACCCAGCCCUUCCCCAGGGAGCAGAAGCCUCCGUGCCAUUAACAGGCAGUGCUUCCUGUGGUGUCCCUGGCAUCCUACGAAAAAUGUGGACCAGGCACAAGAAGAAGUCUGAAUAUGUGGGAGCCACCAAUAGCGCCUUUGAAGCCGACUAAACUCGACCUUUCAUGGGCACCUUUGCUUUGGCCAAGGUUCACAGGAAGAUAGAAGAGUUGAGGACUGGAACUGAGCCACCCUCCCCUCUGCUGGUUGCUACUCCAAACACAUCAUCAUUCCUUACACUCCAGCACGGGGCAUGGAAAGCAACAUCCUCAGAAGGCAGGAAGGCCGUUCCUCAGAACUGCUAAGGCCAUUGGUCUUAAAGUCCUAUUGGUCAAUUACGAAGGUUAUACCCCUACCUUUAGGCAAAACUAUACCAAAAGCAAACUUUCCUGGCUUGUUUGAAAGCCCUCCAAGGAAAACAGAAGGCAGUUGAUCUGUCUUCUUUGUGAGUUUUCCCAAGACCUAUGGUUUCUGGUAUAAAUGUAAAAGCUUGAUUCUGAGGUACUCAGAACACAACAGUUCUUACUUUUUCCAUUCCACGUCUGUUUUCCUUUGAUGAAAUACAAAGCGCUUUGUCUUUCCUUUGCUCUAAUAUCUACUUAACAGCGACCAUUGAACACUUCGUCUUUCCUUUGCUCUAAAAUCUACCUAACGGCGACCAUUGCCACUCUGCUUUGCUACCCGUGGGCAUGGCUGCAUGAGCUCUCUUCUCUUAGAAAAGCACUUAAAACAUCAAUGUUAAUUUUAAUGUCGGGUAUUUUGUGAUGUGGCACAAUUGGCCAGGUUUGUACAGUGACUUUAACCCAGAGAUCAUUCUCCCAUCAUUGUCUCUUCUCACCAUUACAAAACCUGUGCUAAGAAAGCACUGUGGUCCCCAACUUAUGGCUAGGGACACUGGGGCAUCUGAAUGGUGGUAUGUGACUCAACAGCAGCUUGUAGGACUGUCAUCAGGUCUGAGCUUCUCUAAGUGGUUUAAGAAAGUUUUUCUAAAUGGAGAGAAGAAUCUGAGGACAUUGGAACAAAGAAGUGAUUUGAAUGAAAUACAUCACUGUGCAUUACAUAAUUAAGACAGGUGAGAGAACAGGGAUCCCAGCACCUCAAGAGGUGCAGGCAGGAGGAUCACAUGUUUGAGACAUGCCUGGGCAGCCUAGCAAGAUCCUGUCUUAAAAACAAAACAAAGUGCGCAUGUCCGUGCGCAUGCACACACACAUACACACACAUCACACACACACACACACACACACACACACAGAGAGAGAGAGAGAGAGAGAGAGAGAGAGAGAGAGAGAGAUUAUGCAUAGAUGAAACCAGAAAAAAAAAUCCUCAUUUCUGUAGGUCGAAACAGAAACAGCUGAAAAUCAAUUUCCUGUGGCUCAAACUAAUAUUUACUAUCAUGUAAAAAUGAUCAUGUAAGAAAUAAUGUUAAUCAAAGCUAUCAUUUGUUAAAUGCCUACCUGCCCUGUGCCGGGCACAGUGUUGAACACCUCGCAUGAAUUAAGCUAUUCUUUCUAACAACUAACUUAGGUAAAUUUGCCCACUGUAUAUGUUGAUACUAACUCAAAAAGGUUAAGUGAUUAGAUUGAAGUCACCUAACUCUAGGUGUCCAACUUUGAUGCCCACAUUAUAUCUUCUCCUUCACACAAAAUAAGGAACAGGGAGGGAUGGAAACCAGCAAUGGCCUGGGAGAUGCUGCCUGGAGCACAGUAUGGAGAUGAAGUACCAGAAUGCAGAGACUGACGAGUGCCAUCUGCCUGUGGAGUGAUCAGUAGCAUAGACCUUAUAUAUUUCUCAUCUGUGGCUUAAAUUCUGCCCCAAAAGUCUUGUCUCCUAAUUUAAAUUAGGUUUAAAUUAAUCCAAUCUUCUUAAUGAAAGCAGAAACUCUGUGGUAAACUCUACCCCAAGAGUAUGUUGAGAAUCACCAGGUCUUGGCACAAGAACCAGUUUGAACUGAUUGGGUCUCAGGCUUGUUUCUGCUGCUUUGUGAAUUCUGCUCUCCGGGUCCUGGGUAAACUGGAAACUGGCAGUAGGUCAAACCUGGACUUCCAGGCUCUUGCCUUGCUGAUCACUGUCCUUCCACUUCUGCUUUAGACCCUUAGCAUCUGACCCUCAUGUCCAAACAUAGUCUGGACACUUGGGCAUCAAGUGCUUUGUCCCAGCGAACCAUCCUAUGUCAUAUACAAUAUUAAGUUGGGAUCCAGAACAAAAUUAGGGAUAAAACAGGUCACAGAGUCCCAACAAUUGAAUUUAUUUGAACUUAAAAUUGGUAUAUUAAAUGUGUGUGUGGCACCUGGAGAUUUACUUUAUUUGUAGACUGGGAUAAAUUAUCUAUCUUUAAUUUAAAUAUUCCGUGGUGAAAUGUUUGCCUUGUGUUAGAACAUUUCGUUUGGCCAAUUCAAAUAAAAAUAAAAGAUGCCUUGUUAGUGACAUUAAUAAACCACUUGAAGAUUGUG